UUUUGUUUUUAAUGAACGUUGCUUUUCUUAAAAAGGAUCCACUCAUGGUACUCUGGCUUUCUAUGCAUUUUAGUUGCACUGCUUUUGUGCAUGCUUCUAAUCAGGUCAAUUUUUGCCGAAUCAUAAGAGUUCUGAAGAAAUAGCAUUAAGAUAGAUCUUUGAAUUGGAACUUGGUUGAUGAAGAUGAAUAUUGAUUCAAAUCUGGAUUUUACAAACAGUGACUCUCAAAUGCUUUUAGCUUCCACUCAAUAUUGUCCUCCUUUCUGCUAGCACAAAGAGGAAAUGAAUACUUAAAGCAAUCAUCUUUUUUUCUUCGGCAUCUAUAAAUCCACUUUCACAAGUAAUAGGAUAUAAAAAAGAACAAAAAUUCAAUUGGCUAUAUCUCGAUACGGUUGUCAUCUUUUUGCAAUUUACUAAGCUUAAAUCAGGCGAGCCCCACCAUUAAAUGCUUAAAAAUGGGUUGUUCGGCAUCAAAGCUAGACAACGAAGACACUGUAAGGCGGUGCAAAGACAGGCGCCGCUUUAUGAAGGAAGCCGUUAACGCUCGACACCACCUAGCCGCUGCUCACGCAGAUUACUGCCGCUCUCUCCGUGUCACCGGCUCUGCUCUCUCCUCCUUCGCUACUGGUGAACGCCUUUCCGUCUCCGACGAAACCCCUGCUGUCGUUAUCCACCCUGUUAAACCUUCUACGCCACCCUCCAAUCCAAUCCCUCCAUCUCCUGCUCCUGCUCCUGCUCCUGCUCCUUUCUCUCCUUCGCCUUCCCCUUCUCCGACAGUUGUUAGCUCCAAACUCCCUCACAUACUCUCCGCUCCUAGCAUCUCAUCGCCGGCACCCAAUCGUCGCCGUCCACGUAAGUUACCGCCCAAACUCCCGCACAUUUUGUCCGAAUCGAGUCCUUCUUCUUCCCCUCGAAGCUCGAAAUCCGGUUUUUCAAACAACUUUUUCCCCACGGCUUAUCAAGCUAAUUCCACUUACUCAACGACUCCUUCUCAAGCUUCUUCGGUUUGGAACUGGGAAAAUUUUUACCCUCCCUCCCCUCCGGACUCCGAAUUCUUCGACCAAAAGCUACAACAAAGAAAGCAACAAUUGCCGCGACGCCAUCAUCGUCAUUCAGAUGACAACGACCAUGAAGAUAAUGAAACGGAAAAAUCAGAAUACGAUUUCUUCCGUCCACAGAAACUGAAUCAUCGUUACGAUACCAAUUCCCAUAACGCCAAGAGUAAUUUCGACGAGGAAACCGAAAGAGAAGAAGUGCAAUGCAGUGAGUGGGGAGAUCACGACCACGACCGUUACACUACAACAAGUUCAUCGGAUGGAGAGGAAGCGGAUGACGAUUACUUGGCAUCUAGAUCCGAGAUAGGGACUCGCUCCAAUUUCGGGUCCUCGACGAGAGGGGAGUCGGAGAAGUUGAGUCAUCUCCAUAAUCAGACUCCUAAGCCGGCCCAGCCACAGCAGCAGAUGUAUGGGGCCACCGCGGGGAAUAAAAUGGAUAGUAAGUCGGAGGAUGCGGGAUCGUCUGCCGGCAGUUAUAGGACGGGUGCUAUGAUGGAUACGAAGAUGGUGGUUAGGCAUAGGGAUUUGAAAGAGAUCGUCGAUGCGAUCAAAGAGAAUUUCGAUAAAGCCGCCGCCGCCGGAGACGAAGUUUCGGAGAUGCUAGAGAUCGGUAGAGCUCAGCUGGAUAAAAGUUUCCGGCAGUUGAAGAAGACGGUGUAUCAUUCGAGUAGUAUGCUGAGUAACUUGAGCUCGAGCUGGACUUCAAAGCCUCCAUUGGCGGUGAAAUACCGGCUCGACUCGGCAGCGCUCAAUGAAGAAGGCCGUUCAAAGAGCCUUUGUUCUACUUUGGACCGGCUCCUGGCUUGGGAGAAGAAGUUGUACGAGGAAGUUAAGGCCAGAGAAGGAGUAAAGAUUGAGCAUGAGAAAAAGUUAUCGGCAUUGCAAAGUCAAGAGUACAAGGGAGAGGAUGAAACCAAGAUAGACAAGACGAAAGCAUCGAUAACAAGGUUGCAGUCGCUAAUUAUCGUCACAUCUCAGGCUGUCACUACCACCUCUACUGCCAUUGUGGGGCUUAGAGACAGUGAUCUUGUUCCUCAGCUUGUUCAAAUUUGUCGUGCCUUCAGGUCUAUGUGGGCGUCAAUGCAUCAAUACCAUGAAGUUCAGAACAAUAUUGUGCAGCAAGUCCGUGGCCUCAUAAACAGAUCAGGGAAAGGUGAUUCAACUUCUGAACUGCACUGCCAGGCAACACGCGAUCUUGAGUCAGCUGUAUCUGCCUGGCACUCUAGUUUCUGCCGUUUGAUAAAAUUUCAACGCAGUUUUAUCUGCUCCCUCCAUGGUUGGUUGAAGCUCACCCUUCUUCCCGUCAGCAACGACAAUUUCAAUGGCAAUACAGAGCCAUCCAAUGUAUAUGCAUUUUGUGACGAGUGGAAGCUUGCUCUUGAACGACUCCCUGACACAGUAGCUUCCGAAGCUAUCAAAAGUUUUAUCAAUGUUGUCCACGUCAUAUCUGUUAAACAAUCUGAAGAGCUUAAGGUUAAGAAGCAAACCAAAACUGCAUCAAAGGAGCUCGAGAAAAAGGCAUCAUCUCUCCGCAACAUAGAAAGGAAGUUCUACCACUCGUACUCUAUGGUCGGUGUCGGACUUCCUGAUACUGGGCCUGAUCACGGGCAGGUUUUGGAUGCUCGGGAUCCCCUUGCCGAUAAAAAAUCCGAGCUCGCAACCUGCCAAAGGCGGGUGGAAGAUCAAAUGCUGAGACAUGCCAAAGCAGUAGAGGUUACAAGAGCAAUGACUCUGAACAAUCUUCAAACAGGCUUACCAGGUGUUUUUCUAGCAUUGACCAGCUUUUCUGCGUUAUUUACCGAGGCCCUCGACUCAGUUUGCUCUCGUUCCUAUCAUAUGUAAUAGAUGUAUACAUUUCUUUACCCACGUGACUUGGUUGAAAUUUAUUAGAACGGGUUUUUUUUUUUUUUUCUGGCUGUGCAGUCUUAUUAUUGUUAUUUUUCGUAAAUACAAGGCAAGUAUUUGUAGUUUUAUCAUAUCAUGUGUACAGGAAAUUGCUCAGAUUAUUGUAUGAAAAAAAAAGUUUGCAAUUUCAGCAGAUGAAUAAAUACACAAAUUCCGACUUUCUUUCGUUCAAA